AUGGAGCAGUCGAGCCGCAGCAGCCGGAGGCCGGGGCCGGGGAGGAGAACCGCCGGCCCGCAGGCUGGGGCAGAGCCCUGCGGCAGCCACCGCAAGAUGGAGCCGGCUCACCGUGGGAACAAGGACCAGGGACCGGCCUCAGCCAUGGGGGCCCCGUCUCUAUCGCCACGGGGCUCCAUUACCGCCACCUCCCCGGGACCGUUUGCUCCUCUCGUGGCCCCGUUCGGGGCAGAGGGCUCAGUUCGGUUCCAGCCGGAGGGCUCCAGUGGGCCCAUCUCAGCAGCAUACACUGGGGGGAACCUCCCCCUGGGGCACAGGGGCUCCAGGCCCGACACCCUCUUUGACCCUUUCCAUCCCGUCUCCCCUCGCUCGCAGCCCGAGGGCUCCCAGCACGUGGGGCCCGAGGAGAGGUCCCCGGGCAGGCACAGCCAGCCCCAGGUGCUGGAGAGCAGCAGAGCCCAGCCCGACGGCUCAGGUGGAGUCCAGCUCUUCACCCUGCUGUCCCCGGUGGAGUUCCGCCCGCUGUCCCCGGGCGCCGGCAGCCCCUCCUCCCACCCCAGCCAGUCGCCCAGCCGAUCCACGCUCCCCGAGCUCUGCCCCCUGGAUCAAGGGCCCUCCGGGAAGAUGCUCCCUGUGGAGCGGAAAGAGCCACUCCCCAAGGCAGAGUCCAGUGACUACAUCUCCGGGGGGAGAAGUGGCUCGUCCCCCAGACCCGUGAGCCUCCCCAAAGCCAUCUCCAGUGAGUUCCUCUCCGGGGGAAGGAUCGGCCCCUCCAAGUCCAUGACCCUGGCCAAGGCUGAGUCUGAGGACUUCCCCUCGUACGGGAGGAGCAGCCCUUCCCUCGCCCUGCCUGGCUGCAUGGAUCCCUCCGAGACUUCUCUGAGCUGGCUGGGCAAGGCCAAGGAGAACGGCGCAUUCCGGAUCACCGUGGUCACGUGGAACGUCGGCACAGCCAUACCCCCGAGCGAUGUGACAUCCCUGCUGCACCUCAACACGGGCGACACAAACGACACCGACAUGAUUGCCAUUGGGCUGCAGGAGGAGAACUCCAUGAUCAACAAGCGCCUGAAGGACGCCCUCUUCACAGACCAGUGGAGUGAGCUCUUCAUGGACGUGCUGAGUCCCUUCAACUUUGUAUUGGUGAGCACGGUGCGGAUGCAGGGUGUGAUCCUGCUGGUGUUUGCCAAGUACUAUCACCUCCCCUUCCUGCAGGACAUCCAGACGGACUGCACCAGGACCGGGCUGGGCGGCUACUGGGGCAACAAGGGCGGGGUCAGCGUGCGGCUCUCCGUCUUCGGCCACAUGGUCUGUUUCCUGAACUGCCACCUGCCGGCUCACCUGGAGAAGGCCGAACAGCGCAAGGAGGAUUUCACCACUAUCCUCAACAUGCAGCAGUUUGAGGGGCGCGCAGCCAGCGGCAUCCUGGACCACGACAUCGUCUUCUGGUUUGGGGACCUCAACUUCCGCAUCGAGAGCCUGGACAUCCGCUUCGUGAAGUACGCCAUCGACAACAGCAUCUUGAGCCAGCUGUGGGAGAAGGACCAGCUGAACAUCGCCAAGGGCACCUGGCCCAUCCUGAGCGGCUUCCAGGAGGGGCUCCUCAACUUCCCGCCCACUUUCAAGUUCGACGUGGGCACCAACCAGUAUGACACCAGUGCCAAGAAGCGGAAACCAGCCUGGACCGACCGCAUCCUCUGGAAGAUCAAGUCCUGCGGUGCCUCGCACAACCCCAGCGGCCGGAGGCCCAGCAGGACCGGCCUGGCCGUGACCCAGCUCUGCUACUGCAGCCACAUGGAGUACGUGGUGAGCGACCACAAGCCUGUGGCUGCCAUCUUCGCCGUGCAGUUUGCCUCCAAGACCGACAAGCCCUUGGUUGAGAUUCAAGUGGCCGAUGAGUGGUCCAGACCUGAGCAAGCCAUUGUCCGAUACAAGAUGGCCACUGUCUUCCACAGGAGCUCCUGGGACUGGAUAGGUCUCUACCGGGUGGGUUUCAGGCACUACAAGGACUACGUGGCGUAUGUGUGGGCCAAACAUGAGGACCCAGAGGGCAGCAUGUACCAGGUGGUGUUUUCGGAGGAGGCGCUACCCAAAGGGAAGGGCGAAUACAUUCUCGGUUACUACGGCAACAACUACAGCAGCAUCACUGGGGUGACAGAACCCUUCCAGAUCUCGCUGCCCACGUCGGAAGAGGGCAGCAGCCAAACGGACAGCUCGAACGCCAGCUCCGAGGAGGAGGACAACAGCACCCUGGUCCUGCUGGCGCCCAAGUCCCGCAGCCCCAGCCCUGGCAAGACGAAGAGCCACCGGAGCCGCAGCCCCAGUCUCCCCAAGUUCCAGGGGCUGAUCCUGAGGCCAACGAGCCGCGAACGGGGGCCCAGCCGCAGCCCGUCCCCGCAGAGCCGACGCCCCGUGAAGGGCGAGAUCCCCAGCAUCCAGCUGCCAAAGGAGGAGCCGCCCUGGCCCAAUGCCAAGAGCAAGGAGCCAGCGCGGGCUGCCGAGAGCCGGGAGAGCAGCCGUGCCCCCGGCUACAGGACUGCGGGGAAGCACUGCGGCACCUGGUGCCUCUCUGACGACAACCCCCUGGCCAGGGCCAACCCCCGGAACCUCGGCCUGCUGCCCGCGCUCCGCCUGGAGACUGUCGACCAGGCCAUGGGCCCAAGGCGGGCGAGCACAGACCAGGGCUACCCUGCCAGGAGGAUGAGCCCCACCAGCCCCACCGCCGGGGCUGCCAACCUGUUCAGCACCUCCCCCAAAGAGCGGAGCGGUUCCAGGGACAGCCAGGAGCCCCCGCCAGCUGCGGCCGCCACUGGAGCCACUCAGGGCCGAGCAGCUGGCAUCACGCCGUGACUGUUGGGCCUGGCCUCUGUGUGCCCAUGUGCAAUGAUCCCCGUUUUGAGCUUGCCGUGUGCUUCCUCGUGUGCUGCCUCUCCUGCCUGCACUGGGCCGCCCCAGGCGCUCUGUGAUCCGUCCCUGCUGGUGUGAUGUAGGCAACAGCCGUUAGCGAGCCACACGCCCUGCUCAGGGCUGCCCGGGCAUCGGCCACCGCACGCUCGCUCCACUCCCCAUGGCUGCUCACCCCAGCCAUCCGCCCACCGGGCCCGGUAGUGUGAGUGCAGUGACGCCCCGGCAGGGCCGCAGUGCCCAUUCCUCCGUGUUAGCUGUUCCAGCCGUGAAACCUUCCGCCCCAGGCUGUGUGCCUGGGCCCAGCUCCGAUUCCAUCAGCUCGGAGACAGAGCCUUGGGCAGCGCUCCCCGGGCAGCCUGGAGGACGGACUCCGUAGGGCAUGAGCAGGGCCAGGGAGUCGGGACACUGGGUAUGGCAGGGCCCCCGGCAGCAGUCAGUGGCGAUGCCAGGGACUGUGGGCAGGGCUGGCAGCCUGAGGCUACCAGGAUGUGACGGGGGGAGCUGGCUGUGAGCGGCUGGUAGACCAAGCUGCAGUCUGAGUUCUCCUCUGUGCGUGGUGAACCCAGCCGGAGCAGCGCUUUCCUUUGCCGCAUGGCCGGGCCGAGCCCGCUGCCCUCACCCACGCGGAGCAAGCUGGGGAAGAGGCAAGACAGUGGGGCUGGCCCCAUGGCCCGGACGACAACGGGGACAGGGAGGGGGGUGCUGAGGAGCCUACGGGGGGCCCAGCUGGAGUCUCCAAGGGGGAGGGUGCCAGGCGCCCAGCGGGGCAGGAGGGCUGAGCGCCGGCCCUGGCUCUGCGGCUGCGUGGGGAGCAUGUCAGGUCACUCGGGGCAGUAGCGCUGACCCACACGGCUGGGGCAGGAGCUGGGCCUGGCACAGAAAUGGGGGCACAGGGACAGUGUCAGGGGAGACGAGAGCAGCGGGGGACAGGACAGAGCCAAGCAGCACAAGUGGGGGGGGGGUCGUCACUGACCCACAGGCUGGCCUGGUCCUGUAGCACAAGUGCCCACGUGGGAGGGAACAACCCAAAGCUGCCAGGGAGUGUGUGGGCCUGGCUGCCCUGGGGCCCACGGCAGGUCCUACCACAUUGCAGCUGAUGGAAUAAACGACCCACCCCCA